AUGGCUAGUCCGACAGUUCUAGCUUUCGAUGCCGAGGGCCGCCCAGUGAAGUUCCAAACCUGGCUAGAUGACCUGCACCUGUUCCUACAGCUCACUGCCAAGGAAGAUAUCUCACUGUACGACCACGCCCUAGGCCAUGCCACUGCCCCUGACUCGUCUGCUGACAGCACUCUGCGUUCCCAGUGGCAGACCCGUGAUGCACACGCUCGCUUUGCUAUUCGCAACUCCCUGCCGCUAGACGAGCGCGAGCACUUCGGCCAGUGCAAGACUGCUAAGGACCUCUACACCGCUGUAGUUGCCCGCUACUCCUCACCCGCUUCUGCCACGCUAGGCCGCCUCACUCUCCCCUACCUGUUCCCCGACCUAGCCUCCUUUCACACUGUCGCAGACCUCAUCACCCACCUUAAGACUAGUGAGGCCCGCUUUCGCGCUGCUAUGCCUGCCGAGUUUCUCACUAGCAACCCCCCCCCGCUCUGGAUCACUCUCUACCACAUCGUCACCCGCCUCCCUGACUCUCUGCGCGCAGUCAGGGACCACUUCCUCUCUCGCUCCCCCACUGAGCUCACUGUUGCCCUCCUCGAGAAGGAACUGCUUGCAGCUGAGGCGAGCAUCGUCGCUGUAGGCACCUCUCGUGGCGACCCCCGCACCCCGUUCUUUGAGGGGUGUUCCCCUUCCCCCCUCCUCCCCUCUGUCGCCUCUGCUGCUGCUGUCGACCUUCUUGGUGCUGAGAAGGUCGGGACCGCGUCUGCUUCGAGCGGGCGCCGCAGGAACAAGGGGGGCAGGGGUGGGGGUGGCGGCGGAGGAGGUGGGGGUGGAGGCGGUGGGAGUGGAGGCGCGGCUGGGGAGACUAGUGGCGGCAGUGGGGGAGGAGACAGCAGCGGUGGGAGUGGUGGUGGAGGCGGCAGCGGAGGCGGAGGUGGUCGUGGCGGCGGCAGGGGUGGAGGUGGCCGGGGCGGCGGUGGUGGGAGUGGUGGUCGUGGAGGCACUGGCGGAGGGCAGAGUCAGCAGCCCGCCCCGACGCUUCAGGCCGCCCGUGAGUGGUAUGCGCAGCGUAGCGUUACCUGCACGUACGUCAUUCGCACAGGUGACCGCAGCGGCCAGCAGUGUGGGAGGCCGCACCCCACGCAGCGCUGCUUCGCGCGCCUUAACGACGCGUGGCGCACUCAGUUUCCUGCUGCCACUGAGCUGCCGCGCUGGGCUGAUCUGGAAAAGAGGGGUGUUGAUAUUUGGGCUUUAGACUUUGAUGCUAUUCUCACUGCCAUGUAUGCGAUGUCUAUUAGUGGAGAGGGUGCUCAGUACUUACGUGUUCCGCCCGACCCGGGCAUUCAGGCCAGUCCGGCUGCCGCUCUAGGUGCUAGUGCGUCUGCUCCCACAGGUCCUGGUGAGUCUGCAGCCCUAGGUGCUCGUGCGUCCGUGUCCCCUGGUACUGAGUCGACUGCAGCACUGCACACCUUCACACUGGACUCAGGUGCUUCUCGCUCCUUCUUUCGUGACCGCACUGUCCUUGAGCCACUCGCUCGGCCAGUUGCUGUCUCCCUUGCUGACCCCUCUGGGGGUCCGGUCAUUGCGACCUCCUCCACUGUCCUUCCUUGUCCGGCGGUCCCGUCCGGCACGCUGUCAGGUCUCUACCUCCCCUCGUUCUCUACGAACUUGGUGGCAGGUAGUGCGCUCCAGGACGGGGGUGUUCACCAGUUCACCCCCGCCUACGAGCGCGUGACACACUGCACGUGUGCUUGGACGGGUCGCCACCUGGCUACCUUCACUCGGGAGCCGGGGUCGGACCUUUACACACUGACCACUGAGUCCCCUCAGGUAGCUGCGUCCGCGUCUGCGUCUGCGUCAGGUCAACUGUCCGCCCCCUGCUCGUGUCGCUCUCUGGCGCAUGAGACUGUCCUUUGGCACCACCGCCUUGGUCACCCGUCUGUGCAGCGCCUUCGGGCCAUGCACAAACGGGACCUUGUUGCUGGUCUUCCCAGGGUGCUCCCUCCCCUUCCCGACUCGCCUGCUCCUCCCUGUAUUCCCUGUGUCGAGGGACGGCAGCGCGCCGCUCCUCACUCCUCCUCCUUUCCCCCGACGACUGCUCCCUUGCAGACGCUCCACAUGGACGUGUGGGGCCCAGCCCGCGUCCGUGGUCAGGGUCAGGAGAGGUACUUCCUGAUUGUUGUUGACGACUUCUCGCGCUACACCACGGUCUUCCCCUUGCGCGCCAAGGGUGACGUCCCUGAUGUCUUGAUCCCUUGGAUCCGCAGAUCUCGUCUCCAGCUCCGUGAGCGUUUCCGCUCCGACUUCCCUGUCCUGCGUCUGCACUCUGACAGAGGUGGGGAGUUUUCCUCUGGCCUAUUGGAGGCCUUCUGUCAGCAGGAGGGCAUUGAGCAGUCGUACACGCUUCCGGCCUCUCCACAGCAGAAUGGGGUUGCUGAGCGCCGCAUUGGUCUGGUCAUGGAGGUCGCUCGUACCUCCUUGAGCCAUGCGGCUGCCCCCCAUUUUCUGUGGCCGUUUGCAGUCCGAUACGCUGCGCAUCAGCUCAACCUCUGGCCCCGUGUCUCCUUGCCCGAGACUUCUCCGACACUGCGUUGGACGGGAGAGGCUGGCGAUGCGUCGCGUUUUCGGGUCUGGGGAUCUCGAGCUUUUGUCCGCGACACGUCCGCGGACAAGCUCUCCCGUCGCGCUGUCCCCUGCGUCUUCCUUGGCUUUGUCCCGGACGCCCCUGGCUGGCAGUUCUACCACCCCACCUCGCGUCGUGUCCUGGCCUCUCAGGACGUCACUUUUGACGAGUCCGUCCCCUACUACCGCCUCUUCCCCUACCGCACUGCCCCGCUCCCCCCCCCGCCUCUCUUCCUCGCUCCAGGUGCUGAGGUACCAGACCCCCUCCCCCCUCAGGGUGCCGCUCCCUCAGGUGUGUCCCAGGUAGACCCGGGUGAGCCUGUCGAGGUAGCUGUUGACUCUCGUCCUGCUAGGGGUGCUGAGCCUGGGGGUGCUGCGUCUGGGGGUGCUGAGCCUGGGGGUGCUGCGUCUGGGGGUGCUGAGCCUGGGAGUGCUGAGUCUGGGGGUGCGGAGCCUGGGGGUGCUGAGCCAGGAGGUGCGGAGCCUGGAGGUGCGGAGCUUGGAGGUGCUGAGCCUGGGGGUGCUGAGUCUGGGGGUGCUGAGCCUGGGCGUGAUGAGCCUGAGCGUGCUACACCUGGAGGAGCCCUCUCCUCCCAGCAGCUGCAGGAGAGGUACCUCGAGUACUGCCGCCUCCGGAGAGGUGCUACUGGAGCUCGUCCCGGUACUUCCCCUCCUACCCAGGAGCUCCCCCCCAUUCAGCAGAUCCGCGAGUGGUACACACGGCGCUGCAGUCUUCGGAGUGGUGCUCCUGGUGCUGCGGACCCUGGGGGUGGCGCUGCUGCUGGUGCUGAGGACCCGGACGUUGGAGCUGCUGCUGGUGCUGCGGACCCGCCUGGUGGAGCUGCUGCUGGUGCUGCGGACCCGCCUGGUGGAGCUGCUGCUGGUGCUGAGGACUCGGACGUUGGAGCUGCUGCUGGAGCUGAGGACCCGGGCGGUGGCGCUGCUGCUGGUGCUGAGGACCCAGACGGUGGAGCUGCUGCUGGUGCUGAGGACUCGGACGGUGGAGCUGCUGCUGGAGCUGAGGACCCGAGCGGUGGCGCUGCUGCUGCUGCUGAGGACCCGGGCGUUGGAGCUACUACUUGUGCUGAGGACCCGGCCGGUGGAGCUGCUGCUGGUGCUGUGGACCCGGCCGCUGGAGUCUCCUCUGCUUCUGGAGACGCUGCGCGGCCGCGACCGUACUUCGUACCGCUCCUUCAGCAGGUUCUUGGGCAAGCUCCUCCUCCUUGUCCUCCUCCCUCCGUAGAGUGUCCUCCGCCUGUCCAGCCACAGUCACAGUUACCGCCUACCUCGCCUCUCCCUGCUCCCUCUCCUUACACUGGUCCCACAAGAGGUCUUACGGAGCGUCGUGAGCCUGAGUCUCGUCCUGCGUCGCCUGUUCGUCCUGCUCGCACUGGUAGUCGUGUCCGUCGUGAGCGUCCUCCUCCUGUCCCUGGCACUCACUACAUGACUCUGCGUCCCUCUACUGCUCCUCAGCGUGUCCCUCUACCGUCUCCUCCUGCGUCCUCUUUGCCUGACGUUCCGGACCCUGAGUCUGACCGGUAUCGUGCUGAGCACCCUACUGUCACGCGUCUCCUUGCUACUGUUGUCACUGACCCUACCUUUGAGUCCUCGGCUGCGUCUGCUCUGGUCGCUGAGUUGGUUGACUUUGCUGCUGCCUGUCGUCUAGACUACGCUGCUAGCCUUGUUGCUGAGUCUGGGUCUGAGUCUGUCUGUCCUCCGUCCGUCGGGGGUGAGUGUGCUCUUGGCACGGACGUCCUUGAGGACAGACAGGAGGAGUUCCAGUGUCUUGCUGCUGCUUUGCCCCGUCUCGUGUCCUUGCUAGUUGCCCCUGAGGGAGACCCGGAUGCACCAGACAUCCCGACCCCGCGCACUUACGCUGAGGCGAUGGCGGGUCCCUACUCCUCUCAGUGGCAGACAGCCAUGGACGCCGAGAUGGCUUCCUGGAAGUCCACACGCACCUACGUCGACGAGGUUCCCCCACCUGGGGCGAACAUCGUCAGUGGCAUGUGGAUUUUCAGGACCUUCUCCCCCACCCCGAAGAUGACUACUCUUCGGGUGCUGCUGCACAUAGCCGCUCAGCGCGACUACGAGCUUCACUCACUUGACUUCAGCACUGCUUUCUUGCAGGGCAGCCUGCACGAGGAGAUCUGGCUGCGCCGCCCACCUGGCUUCACUGGGUCGUUUCCUCCUGGUACCCAGUGGAGGCUUCAGCGGCCGGUCUACGGUCUCCGCCAGGCUCUGCGUGAGUGGCACGACACACUGAGGACUACACUUGCGGCUCUUGGGUUCGCGCCUUCUACAGCUGACCCGUCGCUGUUCCUGCGCACCGACACUUCACUGCCGCCUUUCUACAUCCUCGUGUACGUCGACGACUUGGUCUUUGCCACUGCUGACACUGCAGGACUCGCCUACGUGAAGUCGGAGCUGCAGAGGAGACACACGUGCACAGACCUGGGUGAGCUGACAAGCUAUCUUGGCUUGCGGAUCACCCGGGACAGAGCACGGCGCACCAUCACCCUGACUCAGUCACACAUGGUGCAGCAGGUUCUCCAGCGCUUCCGCUUCACGUACUCCUCGCCUCAGUCCACUCCUCUGCCUACCGGUCACUCGCUCUCAGCUCUGCCUUUGGAUGAGUCCGUAGAGCCGAGUGGCCCGUAUCCAGAGCUUGUGGGCUGCCUCAUGUACCUGAUGACCUGCACUCGACCUGACCUUGCAUACCCUCUUAGUAUCCUUGCACGCUAUGUCGCUCCUGGCCGUCACAGGAAGGAGCACAUGGAUGCUGCUAAGAGGGUGUUGCGCUACUUGUGCAGUACGUCGGGCAUGGGGCUUGUGCUUGGAGGGCGAGACCGAGUUGUUCUCACAGGGCACUCAGACGCUUCUUGGGCAGACGACCAGGCCACUCAGCGGUCGUCUCAGGGUUACACCUUCAGCCUUGGCUCUGGCUCAGUUUCUUGGCGCUCUACACGCUCUUCUUCUGUUCUCGGCUCCAGUUGCGAGGCUGAGAUCUACGCUACAGCCAUGGCUGCCCAGGAGCUACGCUGGCUGACCUACCUGCUGACCGACCUCGGAGAGCCGCCUCGUUCUCCUCCAGUACUGUACGUCGACAACAAGGCUGCCAUUGCCUUGUGUGAGGAGCACAGACUGGAGCACAGAACGAAGCACAUCGCCCUGCGGUACUUCCUUGCUCGUGAGCUGCAGCAGCGUGGUCAGCUUUGUAUUCGCUACGUGGCCACUGAGGCCAACACUGCUGAUGUGUUCACCAAGGCGCUUCAGCCUCGUGACCAUCAGCGCUUCUGCACUCUACUAGGCCUUGUGCCUACUGGACCUCACUUGCUUACCUCUUGA